CUCUCUCUUAUUAGUUAUUAUUUGAAUUAAGAGCUGUUUGCUUCUCUCCUCUUCUUAAACCAUAAAAGAUAAAAGGUACAUCAAGAAAAAGCGGACACUAAAUAUCGGCAAUGAUAUAUCGAUUCUGGGGAUUGUAACGCCCGAAAUUCUCUAUCUCUCGGUUAUCUUCCAUGGGUAACGGUUGCGGGAAGCUUGGCACCUCCUGCUUCCUCGGCGCCGGUGGAGUUCGCCGCGGUCAUGACAUAGCCGAGCCUCUCGAUGAAGGUCUUGGUCACUCCUUCUGCUACGUUCGCCCCGAUCCCUCUCGUCUCUCCUCCUCCAAGGUUUACUCCGAGGAGACCACCACCUUUCGAUCCAUCUCUGGCGCUUCUGUAAGUGCUAACACGUCUACCCCUCUCUCUACAGCUUUUGUUGAUCUCUAUUCCUAUAACAGUCUUGAUCGAGCUGCCGCUUUUGAAAGCUCUACCUCCUUUGCUUUCAUUCCCCUGCAACCUAUUCCUCGCUAUCUCAUGAAUUCUGGCCCAUUGUCCGGAAAUUUCGGGGGAGUUAUGGGUUCCGGUCCCCUUGAUAGGGGAUUUUUAUCUGGUCCGAUCGAGAGAGGCUUUAUGUCUGGACCUCUUGAGCGUGGCUUGUUUUCAGGUCCUCUGGAUAAGGGGUCUGAUCAGUUUCAGAGGAGCUUCUCUCAUGGGGGUUAUGCGUUUAGACCAAGAUUCAAAAAGGGGUCUCUGAUUCAGGUUCUCCGGCAGGCCAUCGCAAAGACCAUCAGUCGUGGUCAGAACUCCGUGGUUGCCCCGGUCAAAGGGGUCGUCUCCGUCAAAGAAUCUGAUUGGGUUGUUGGGUCGGAGAAGAACGGGGAGAACCUCACCGUCAGUAGCACAAAUUUGAGCAGCGAAGGGAGCUUGGAUGACGACUAUUCUUUCGAAAGCCAGAAUCUUCAAUGGGCUCAAGGGAAAGCCGGGGAAGAUCGAGUCCAUGUUGUGAUCUCCGAGGAACACGGGUGGGUUUUCGUCGGGAUUUAUGAUGGAUUCAAUGGCCCUGAUGCGCCCGAUUAUCUUCUCUCUAAUCUCUAUUCUGCUGUGCACAAGGAGCUCAAGGGGUUAUUAUGGGAUGACAAGUAUGAAUCUCCUUCCACCAUCACCCCCGCCUCCCCCACUCCCGUAGCCACGGGUCCUAAUGUGGAAAAGGAUGCUACGGCUACCUCUCAUACAUCCACAUCCGACGAGUCUGAUCAGGGUAGGGUAUGCGAUCGAACGGCUGCUGGUUGCUCUCACUGUGUGGAGCCGGAAAAUUAUCCGUCUCCGUCUGGUGUUGAAGAUGCUAAUUCGAAUCCCAAGAGAAGUCGUCGUAGGAACUCGAAGAACAGGUAUAAAGGGGCAGCGAAGAAAUGGGAGGAGAGUCAGAGGAGGUGGAAGUGUGAAUGGGACAGAGAGAGGUUGGAGCUUGAUCGGAAGCUCAAGGAACAGUUGAGUCGUUCUAAUUCACAGGGAUCGGCGGAGGCGGCUAUUAAUCACUCGGACGUCUUAAAAGCUCUUUCUCAAGCUUUGAGAAAGACGGAGGAAGCCUAUUUAGAUAUCGCGGAUAAGAUGGUAAUGGAAAAUCCGGAGCUGGCUCUGAUGGGUUCAUGUGUUCUGGUAAUGUUAAUGAAAGGAGAAGAUGUCUACUUGAUGAAUGUGGGUGAUAGUCGAGCGGUAUUAGCUCAUAAAGCAGAGCCCGACCUUUGGCUAGGAAAAGCCCGGCAGGACUUGGAACGGAUCAAUGAGGAAACUCUGUAUGAUCUUGAAGCAUCUGGUGGUGAUCGAUUCGACACAUUAUCCAACUUAGCUGCCUUUCAGCUCACUAUCGACCACAGUACUUCUAUCGAGGAGGAAGUCCAGAGAAUAAAGAACGAACACCCAGAUGAUGCUUCUGCUGUCACAAAUGACCGCGUGAAAGGUUCCUUGAAGGUCACACGGGCUUUUGGCGCUGGCUUUCUGAAACAGCCCAAAUGGAACAAUGCACUUCUGGAGAUGUUCAGAAUUGACUAUGUAGGAACUUCCCCAUACAUCACCUGUUCCCCAUCUCUCUAUCACCAUAGAGUGGGCCCUAAAGACAGGUUUUUGAUACUGUCAUCCGAUGGACUCUACCAAUACUUCACCAAUGAAGAGGCUGUGUCUGAAGUUGAACUUUUCAUUGCUUCAUGGCCCGAAGGGGAUCCCGCACAACACCUUGUUGAAGAAGUCCUAUUUCGUGCAGCAAAGAAAGCUGGUAUGGACUUUCAUGAGUUGCUAGAAAUACCACAGGGGGAUCGUCGGCGGUACCAUGAUGAUAUCUCUAUCAUUGUUAUUUCGUUGGAGGGAAGGAUAUGGCGGUCGUGUGUGUAAACAGAAAAUAUAUAUAUAAUAUAAUAUAAUAUAAUAUAUAUAUAUAGAGAGAGAGAGAGAGAAUCCACAGAAAACAAAAACCAGGCUUUUUUGUUUCUUUAUUUCAUUUUUAAUUUCUUUCCUUUUUUUUUCUUCCCGUUCACCUUUGUAACAUACUUUGAACAACUGCGGAGAGAGACAGAGAGACUAGUUGUGACUUGUGUAUCAGGUGGUGGGAAAACUGUAAAGGUGUACAAGCUGCUGCAUUUUAAUUUUAAGCUGCCAUAGAUACUUGUAAUUUUCUAAUAAAUGGUGCUCCUCCAAGGAGUUCCAUUAUGCAAAUUAAUAACUAAAAGAGCAAUGCCUUGGCCUCGAAUCUUUCAA